AUGACAGACAUCUCAUUUGGAGGAUUUAUUUCAUUAAAAAAUAUUAAAAAUCCACAAUAUGAAAUGGAAUAUUUAUUAGAUCCUGUAAAUGAUAAAUAUGUAAGAGAUAUAUUACCAAUUAAAAUUUAAAAUUUUGAAAUCAAACGAUUAGAAUGGGCUGAUUUUGUAGGCAAACCAAAUGAAGAAAUGCCAUGGAUUGCUCAUUGUUAUUGGAAUAUUAUAUAUGAUUAUUAAAUGAUUGAAGAAAAAGAAGAACCUUUAAUCAAACAAUAACAAUCACCAAUAUUACCUAUCAAAAUAUAAAAUGAUGCUUAAGCUAAAGAUAUUCCUUAAGAUAUUAAAAAAUCACCUUUAAUACCUCUUAGAAAAAUAACUGAACCUUCAGAAUAAUAUGGUAUAAGAUAAUAAUCUCCUAAAUUACCACCAAAAUUGCCUCUCUAAUAAAAUGAUCAAUUACCUAGAAUUAAUAAUAGACUUUUUAAUAAACCUCCAACACCUUCUACAAGAGUUUCAAGUGUUCAGAGAAUUACUCGUGUAUCAACACCAAAGAAUUGUUCUCCUUAAUAGAAAGUUGCUAGAAGCAAUUCUAGUUCAAGUUUAAAAAGAUAAUCACCAGCUCGUUAGAAAAUUAAAUUAUAAGUUACUUGCAAAUUCUCAGAUAAAUCAUGGGCUAAAUCUAUUUCUGAUGAUGAAUUGUUAGAACAUGAAACAGGUCAUUAUUUAAUUGGAUGUUUAUGCGCAUUAGAAUUUAAAAGAUAAAUUGAAUAACUUGGAAUUAUGAAAUCAGAUAAUCAUUCAAAUGAAAUUAAGUCUAUUUUUCAAACAAAUUUAAGAACUUUUCUUAAAAUUGAAAAAGAUUAUGAUGAGGAAACCAAUCAUUACUUUGAUACUUAUUUAUAAAAAAAAUGGAAUCACAAAAUAAAAGAGUAAUUGUUAUUAUAUGAGAUGUAUUUUAACAAUUGA